GGAUGCGGUUUAACAAUAACAAGUAACAGCAAGUUAUAAAUAAAGUGUUUUAAAAGAAGCUAGCCUCUUAACUUUAAAUUCUUUUUUCAGUUAUUUACUUCAUAGAUCCAAGCAUUGUUUUUCGAUAAUCUAACUUUUCUUCUGAAUAGAAUUGUUUGUUGUGUUCAAUAUUCAAACAACAUGGAAAGUGCACAAAAUGUAGAUGAUUAUUCUUCGAUGUUGUUACCUAUUACAGAAAACGAGCAAAUGAUAGAUUGUGAUUAUGAUGAUUCUGAAGGUGAAAAUUCAAUAAAAGUACCCUUAAUUGAUCAGUUAAAAAUGUGUAAUGACGUAAUUACAGAUACUGAUGAAUGCUGUGAAACAAAACUAAAUAAUGAAAGUGCUCAUAUAGAGUCAGAAAACGAUUCACCUUCUGCUAUGGAACUUUCUAAAAAUGAUUAUGGACAAGUGGUGAGCAUACCCUCUUCUUCUAAAAGUUCCAUAGGCAUCAUUUCUACAAACAACAUUUCAAAUGAAGAUAUCUUUAGUACACCAUCUUCCUCUAAAAGUUUCCUUGCAUACAGAGAUACUAUAUCUUCUGUACCCGAAUCACAGCAAAAUAAGGAAUUACAGGAUUUGGGUGUUAAUGUAUAUGAUCAAUCAGAGUUAGAAAGUGAGAUUAUGAAUCAAGUUGAUAAAGCAUUCAAGUCUCAGGAGGAGAAAAGGAGGGUAUGUGAUGUGAAAAAAGAUCUACAAUCAGUUCAGGAUGAUAUCAAGUCAGUUAAACAACGGCUAGUACAUAUUGAGAAAGCACUGUCUUUAGCUCCUAAUGUGUUGACAUCUGCAGCAAAACGAGAGUUAGCUGCUAUCAAAAAGGAAAAGGAAAACAAGCUCAAGCACUUGAAAAAACUGGAAGCAAAGCAUCGAGCAUUGCAAGCCUGUGUAACUGGGGAUGUUGAUGAAGUUAAUUCUGCUUUGCAGUCUAAUCUUGAGGGAGAAGAAAUGGAUGAAGAGACUUUAUAUCAUUUACAGAAAGUAUUUUCUGUCAAGGAAACAACAGAAGAACAACUAAUUCGUACUGGAGAAAUGACACCAUUUGGCACAAUGUUGCCAACUGGGUCUGCUGCUUCUAGCCAAAGAAAUGAGCCGUCACGACCCAGUAUUUUUCUCCCUGAAAAUGAGCUUACUGAUUUUGAUAAGUUUUUACUCACAGAGGCUGAAAGUCACCAGAUCAAAAAAAUGUCAAAACUGCCUCCUAAAAGUGUGACUCAGUCCUCUUCAAAAUCACCUAGGCCGUCCUUGAGUGAGCCACCCGGUUCAUUUUUGUCAGAUGAUUCUUCUGGUUUAAAAACGCUCACUGAUUUGAAAGCUGUCAGCAAACGUAAAAAGAAGCCUAAAGUAAAGCUAGGCUCGAAGCAUGCAACUGGUUAUGUUAAGAAAGUUUGCCAUUCUCGCAGCCUAGUGAAAAACUAUAAGAGUGACUCAGAAUUGAGUGAUUUUGCAGCGGAGGAGCGUGACAAUGAGAUUGUAGACGAUGCUGCCAAUUACUCAAGUGAUGACGUGUAUAUACCUGGCGGUAAAAAUGAAGAUGACUCUGACUCAUCGGAUGAUAAAAAGUUUAACAAGAAAUCCAAAGGUAAAAGAAAAUCUGCCUCUCUUAAAAAAGAGACAAACAGCUCUGAAUCUGAUUCUACACCAACUCCUAAAAAAGCAAAGAAAUUUAUAGAUGAUGGAGAUAAUGCAGCAUAUAUCAAACGAAUCAAAGAGUUUGAAAAUUCGGAAUUGAUUAGAAAACAUAAGAGGAUAAUGGAAGAUGACGAUAUGGACUCAGAUGAGGAUAUUACUGAAUUUGAUGAAGACUAUAAAAUUCCAAAUAAAAUAUGGAACAAACUCUAUAAGUACCAACAAACUGCUGUACGUUGGCUCUGGGAACUCCAUCAGCAGAACUGUGGAGGCAUCAUUGGUGACGAAAUGGGGCUUGGAAAAACUAUUCAAAUGAUAACAUUUUUAGUUGGACUUAGUUUCAGCAAACUGCGUACUCACGGUGACAUCUUUAAAGGACUAGGUCCUGUGGUCCUAGUGUGCCCUGCAACAGUGAUGCACCAGUGGGUGAAAGAGUGUCAUAAAUGGUGGCCUCCCUUUAGAGCAGUUGUUCUUCAUGAGAGUGGAUCUUUUUCUGGAAAAAAGGAUGCUUUGAUACGCCAUGUAAACAAAAGCCAUGGAAUAUUGAUCACUUCAUAUGCAGGUGUCGUCCAGCAUAAGGACACCUUAAUUGAAUAUGACUGGCACUAUGUCAUUCUGGAUGAGGGGCACAAAAUUAGAAAUCCAGAUGCUCAAGCUACUCUUGCUGUAAAACAGUUUAGAACACCUCAUCGAAUCAUAUUGUCUGGAUCUCCAAUCCAAAAUAAUUUGAAAGAACUAUGGUCUUUAUUUGAUUUCAUAUUUCCUGGCAAACUUGGCACCCUACCAGUUUUCAUGCAGCAGUUUUCUGUGCCGAUAGUUCUUGGUGGCUAUUCAAAUGCUUCUCAAGUUCAGGUCCAAACUGCUUAUAAGUGUGCCACCGUGUUACGAGAUACAAUCAGACCUUAUUUACUGAGGCGAAUGAAAUCUGAUGUGAAAAUGGCUAUUAAUCUUCCUAAUAAAAAUGAGCAGGUUUUGUUUUGCAAGCUGUCAGUAGAACAGGAGGCAUUAUAUAAAGGUUACAUUAAUUCUAAGGAAGUUGGAAGCAUUUUAGAUGCUAGGUUACAGGUUUUUGUGGGCCUUAUUAAUCUCAGAAAAAUUUGUAAUCAUCCUGACCUGUUUGAUGGUGGACCUAAAAUAUUCAAAGAUACUGACGAGUCACUUCUCGGGGUAGAGGACCACUACGGAUAUUACAAGCGAUCUGGAAAGAUGAUUGUGGUCGAGGCACUGCUUAAAUUGUGGCAUCAGCAAGGACACAGGGUUUUGUUAUUCACUCAAAGUAGACAGAUGAUGGAAAUUCUGGAAUUGUUUAUUAAAGAUAGAAAAUACACAUACAUGAAAAUGGAUGGGAGUACUUCUAUUGGUUCAAGGCAACCAUUAAUAGCAAAAUUUAAUUCCGAUCCUAGUAUUUUUGUGUUCAUACUGACUACUAGAGUGGGUGGACUAGGAGUUAAUUUGACAGGUGCCAACCGUGUCAUUCUCUAUGACCCAGACUGGAAUCCAAGCACUGAUGCACAGGCCAGGGAGAGAGCCUGGAGGAUAGGACAGGAAAGAGAGGUCACCAUAUACCGUCUAUUGACAUCUGGUACCAUUGAAGAAAAAAUAUAUCAUCGGCAAAUUUUCAAGCAAUUUGUCACCAAUAGAGUUUUGAAGGACCCCAGACAGAGGAGGUUCUUUAAGAGUAAUGACUUGAUGGAACUCUUCACUUAUCACGAAAUUGGACCUCAAGGAACGGAGACCAGUGCCAUAUUUGCUGGAACCGGAUCUGAAGUGAAGGUGAACAAGAAAAAGCCUCGACCGCCACCAGAAGACUCCCACGCUUAUUCCAAAGAAACAGCCGUCAUUCCAUCCAAAAAGAUGGAACUUUCUGUCACAUUUAGUGAUAAAAAAAGGGAAGAAAUGAAGAAUCUUGCCAAAAAAUUGAGUUUGGGACUUUUAAAUAAGCCAAAUAGUGCUGAUUCCGAGAAAAAAUCGAAAAAUGCUGAAACUAAGGAAACUAUUUGGAAUGAUGUAAAGGUACAAGACAAACACAUUAAAAAAAGUGUUAAAAGAGAAAAUCAUGUGAAGAGAAAUGAUUUCCACUCACAUAAUCCAUCAAAUAGUAAAACAAAAGAGAAGAAAACUAAAAGAAUCAUAGCAAAAGUCGAUGGGGAAAAAAUUGAUUUUGUUGUCAAAAAAUCAUUUUAUAAGCCUCCAAAAGAUGAUGAUGAGAAAGAUAUGAAGCAAGAUGAUUAUGUACUUAGUAAACUGUUUAGGAAAUCUGGUGUUCACACAGCUUUAAAGCACGAUAAGAUUGUUGAGUCAUCAGAUCCCGAUUACAUGAUUGUGGAAGGUGAGGCCAGCAAAGUGGCCAAAGAGGCCAUCAAAGCACUGAGAGAAUCAAGACGUCUGUGCGCAAGAGCAGAAGAGGGUGUGCCCACCUGGACAGGACAGCAUGGAGAGAUGAGACCGAGAUUCGGACAAAAGAAAAAACUGCCAAUUGCUUCUUCUCAGGGAGAAACAAGUACCAAGUCUUUCAGUGAAAAGAAGCAUUUAUUUGAUGGAAAAAAUAAAAAAGCUGAUACGACUCCAUCUUCAUCGGAUUUAUUGUCUGCCAUAAAAAAGCGUAAAGUAGUCUUUGGCACUGAUGCUCCAAGUGAUGAUGAAAAUGAAUCAAUGUCAUCGCUUAGAAGACUACCAGCGGGAACGGAACACGACGAUCUGUUGGUGGACAUCCGAAACUUUGUAGCUUUUGGUGCAUCUGUGGACGGACAGGCUAGCACUCAAGAAAUCGUCGAUACAUUCAAAACGAGGCUGCCUAUUCACCAGACGGCGGUUUUCAAGGCCUUAUUGAGCAAAAUUUGUGAUUUUAUUAGAUCAUCUGGCGGAGAAGGAAUCUGGCACUUAAAGAGUGAAUUCCGAUGAUUGCUGACAAAAACUAGGGAUGCUCCAAAUAGGAAUAAUAAAUACAGUCGAACCCCGCUAUAGUGAACCUGGGAUAUACAGGGCAUCUGCGCACCUAGUAAGUCAUAGAUUUCGGUAUUGAACAAAAUUUGUCAUAAUUUUAACUAUUUUUAAAAAAUCAUGGAAAGUUAAGGAUUUAGGUCACCGAAAAAUCUAUUUUUUAAAAUGGGAUUUACCUCCCCCCCAAUUUUUGAUAUUCUGAAUAUCUGAAUUUGUAAUAAAAACCCCACUCACAGUCAUAUUUUAUUAAAUUUCUAGAGCAAAUUAUCCUUUAAACUUCUGUGAUUUCAGAAUUCUUUUUAUUUAAUUCAUUGUUUUUUUAUUUUAUUUUAUCAACUUAAAAUUCUAGCUGAAGCAAGCCAGUCAUUUAGGUAAUUUUUUCAUUCCUAAAUGAGAACAAAAAAAUCAGGAGUGCUUCUUUCCUUUUAGAAGACCAAGAAAAGUAUCUUUCGAAUGUAAUUCUGCAAAAAAAAGAAAAUGAAAAAAAAAAUUGCUUUUGUAUUUUUUUCCAGCUAUUUUAUUGUUUCAACUCUUUCUUUACUCUGUUUUUUAUGAAUUUAUUUACUCUGUUAAAAUCUAUGAAGAUGCAGAGUAUAACAGUUUUGGUUAUACCUAUCUUUUCAAUUAUUGUUAUUAUAAUGCUCUUUUCAAUUUAUUGCUAUGUUUUUAUCAGAGAAAAUAGUAACUUCGUUAAGUCAUGAAGGCCUACUGUGACCAUUUCAGUUUUCUUGACCUUUGGGCUCUGGGGUGCGAGAGCAGACGUUCCGGACCUUAACUCGCCAAGCUGGCAGUGUGAGCUGCGAGCACGACACAUUUUUUAAAAAUAUUUGACACAUGUAAUUUUAGAUUUUUAGUCAAAGGUAUAUUUUAGAUAUAUGAAUGUUUUUUUCCGUUUUUUAAACUUUUUAUCAUUUGAGAAAAAUAAUUAUUAAGCUAGCCAAACUCCUAAAGAUUUGGAGCAUCCCUAUCAAAAACUGAUGUCUUUCAAGUCUGUGAUAUUCAUUUGUAUUUGUAAAUUUAAAAAAAACUGUAUUUGUAAAUAAAUAAACAGCACCUCAUAUUUUUAAUACCAAUUUGUACCUGAAAAUGUUCAUAUUUUAAUAAAUCAUGAAGUUUCCUAAUAA